AUGACGCCGUCGGAUGUCAUGAGGCAGUCGCUGUUCAAGGUUGCGGCUGCUGAAUGUGGCAUUGGUUUCUGGAAGGGACGACACUUUGGCGAUGAGAUCAACGACCUCGAAACCCUCGCCGCAGACCCUUUCGUCUCUGAGCACACUCCUUACGACCUUGCUGUUGCUGCGGGCAGCUCUACAACCCUCUACCACGCACACCUGGCGCCCAUGAUCGUCCGACCAUCCACCCGCGCCGCGGCCAAAGCCGCCGGCAGCGCCUCACGAUCAGUCAACAGCUCCCUCGCCGCCACCCAAUCGAGAACAUACGCCACCGUUCAGGAGGGUGCUCCCCCGAAACGAACGUAUGGAGGUCUGAAGGACCAGGACAGGAUAUUCACAAAUCUCUACGGUCACCAUGGCGCAGAUCUGAAGAGUGCAAAGAAAUAUGGCGACUGGCACCGGACCAAGGACAUACUCGCCAAAGGCCAUGACUGGUUGAUCAACGAGAUCAAGGCAUCAGGCCUGAGAGGACGAGGAGGAGCUGGCUUCCCCAGUGGCCUGAAAUUCUCAUUCAUGAACUUCAAAGGCUGGGAACAAGACAAGAAACCCCGCUACCUCGUCGUCAACGCCGACGAAGGCGAGCCCGGCACCUGCAAAGACCGCGAGAUCAUGCGCAAAGACCCCCACAAGCUCGUCGAAGGAUGCCUCGUUGUCGGCCGUGCCAUGAAUGCCACCGCCGCCUACAUCUACAUUCGCGGCGAGUUCUACCAUGAAGCCACAGUCCUGCAACGCGCCAUCCAGGAAGCCUACAAGGACGGCCUCAUCGGCAAAAACGCCUGUGGCUCCGGCUACGACUUCGACGUCUACCUCCACCGCGGUAUGGGCGCCUACGUCUGCGGAGAGGAGACCUCCCUCAUCGAAUCCCUCGAGGGUAAGGCCGGUAAACCGCGAUUGAAGCCCCCCUUCCCCGCCGCCGUCGGCCUCUUCGGCUGCCCAUCAACCGUCACCAAUGUCGAAACCGUAGCCGUCUGCCCCACCAUCGUCCGCCGCGGCGGGAAAUGGUUCGCCGGUUUCGGCCGCGAGCGCAACCAAGGCACCAAACUCUUCUGCAUCUCCGGCAACGUCAACAACCCCUGCACCGUCGAAGAAGAAAUGUCCAUCCCUCUCCGCGAGCUCAUCGAAAAACACUGUGGUGGCGUCAAAGGCGGGUGGGAUAACCUCCAAGCCAUCAUCCCGGGCGGCAGCUCAACACCCAUCCUCCCCAAACGCAUCUGCGACGACCAACUAAUGGACUUCGACGCCCUCAAGGACUCUCAGUCUGGUCUUGGAACUGCUGCGGUCAUCGUGAUGGAUAAGUCCGCUGACGUAGUGCGGAUGAUUGCGAGGUUGAGCAGUUUCUACAAACAUGAGAGCUGUGGACAGUGCACGCCGUGUCGUGAGGGUAGUACAUGGACGAUGCAGAUUAUGCAAAGAUUCGAGAAGGGACAGGCCAGGGCGAGGGAGAUCGAUAUGUUGCAGGAAUUGACGAAGCAGGUUGAGGGACAUACGAUUUGCGCGUUAGGAGAAGCAUUCGCCUGGCCCAUUCAAGGUCUAAUCCGCCAUUUCCGACCAGAGUUGGAGAAGCGCGUGGCGGAGUACAAGGCGACGCAUGGACACGAGGCGUUAGGUGGUGGGUGGGAGUACGAUGCUGGCAAGAAGGGGCUGUUAGUAGCGCCGGGCCAGUGA